AUGACAAUUUCUCGAUAUUCCUCAUGGAAGAAGAGUGAAAAAGCAAGAACACAGGAGCUGGGGAGAGAGAACGAUGGCAAUGAUAAAAAAGGGAGAAGAGAAGAGGAUCAGGACAUUGAUGAGCCAAGCUUGUGGUAUGGAAGGAGAAUAGGUUCAAAGAAGAAGGCAUUUGAAGAAAGAACUCCCCUUUUCAUAGCUUCAAUUUUUGGGUGCAAGGAUGUGGUGAAUUAUAUCGUCAAAAGUGGUCGUGUCGAUGUUAACAGGGCUUGUGAUUCCGACUACAUUGUGCUGUUGCUGGCAGGUUCCUCUCUUUCACCUGAGGUUGUUAGAAUCUUGCUCGAUGCUUCCGCAGAUAUAAAUUCUGUUGAUGCUAAUGGAAACCGAACCGCUCAAGCUUGUUGCGAUUCAUACUUCAACUCAAGGAAGAAGAUAUUGGAUGCUUUGUUGAAAGGAAAUUGUCGUAUUGACGAAAGAGAGGGUUUUCCAACUCGACUAACGACUGAGAUGGAAGGCCGAACUCGAAAAGAUGGAAAUGAGAAGAAAGAUUAUCCCUACGAGCUUGCUCUUCCUGACAUCAAGAACGAGAUAUACGGGACAGAUGAGUUUAGGAUGUACACCUUCAAGAUCCAACCUUGCUCGAGGGAAUACUCUCAUGACUGGACUGAAUGCCCAUUUGUUCACCCGGGGGAGAAUGCUAGAAGCGUGAUCCUAGAAAAUAUUUCUAUGGUUGCGUCCACUAUCUCGAAUUUCGUAAGGGGUCGUGCAAGCAAGGUGAUAACUCCAGAGAAGCUCCGUCCCUUGUAUGCUUCGACAGGUUCAGCCCUGCCUUCACCAACAUCAUAUGCAGCUAGUCUUGAUCAUGGUUCGAUGAGCCCACUUGCACUUGCCUCUUUAUUUGUUAUGAAACCUUCAACAUUAACACCACCUUUAACUCCUACCGGAACCUCCUUUACUAGUGCAGGGAUGUGGCCGAACCAGUCUAACAUCAUACCUCCUACCUUGCGACUUCCUAGCAGUAGUAGAUUGAAAGCGGCACGAAGCGCUCGGUAUAAGGAUUUAAACGUGGAAAUGCUCAAUUCAGAAAGUCAUCGAUGCCUCCAACAGCACCAACAACUAAAUGAUGAGAUAAUUGAUCUUUCCUCUCAGACAAGUUUGACCAAUCCCUUGUGUGGGGAAUUAAAUAGGUAUGAAAGGGUAAAGCCAACUAACCUCGAAGAUAUUUUUGGAUCUCUCGAUACUACUACAAAGUCCUCGUUACAAGGAAUUUCAUUCGGGGCUACUUCUCCUCAACUGCAAUCACCAACUACAGUUCAAAUGCGCCCAAAUAUCAAUCACCAGAUUCACUAUAGCUACCCAACGAACCUAACAUCAUCUCUUGUAAUGACAUCUCCAACCUUUGGGUUAAACCAUCCGGAACAAUUGCAACAUCGGUUUCAAGUUCAAAGCGGACCCCGAGCGUUAUUGAGAGCAAACCGUAUACGAGUCUAUGGAAUGAAAUGGAAUGGGAGAGUUCAUUGCAACACCAAAGAACAAAGAAUCACAUAA